AUGCAGACCUCCAGCUCUAGGUCUAUACAUCUGAGUGAAUGGCAGAAGAAUUACUUUGCAAUUACAUCUGACAUAUGUACAUCAGGACAGAGGGCUGAUGCGUAUCGUGCACAGAUAUUACGCAUUCAGUAUGCAUGGGCAAACUCUGAGAUCUCCCAGGUCUGUGCUACCAAAUUGUUCAAAAGAUACGCAGAGAAAUAUUCUGCAAUUGUUGAUUCUGACAAUGUUGAAACUGGCUUGAAUAACUAUGCAGAAAACAUUUUAGCUUUGGCAAGAUCUCAAACUAACAGUGAAAAGUGGCAGUCUGGGUUGUCAAUAAAUAAUGUUUUCAAAAUGGAUAAUGUACAGAAGAUGAUGCAAGCUGGCAAAAAAUUUAAAGAUUCUAUUUUGGAACCUGGUGAUGCAUCAGUAAUAAUCCACAAGGAGGUUGCUGCCUUUGAUCWUCCUAAAUUUAAUGUUYGUGGAGCUCCUGGAGAGGGUGACCUAUUACCUAACUUAAUUCAUGACACAGAUAGGGCCCAAGACAACCCAGGAAACAACCCUUUGAGGUGCCCUCAGGUUGUCCAGCCACCUGUAGUGRCUAACACCACCACUAAGACUUGUUGCAUGUCUUCAGUGCCUUUAGGUGAGUCAUCCACUGCAAAAGUACAUGCUGCACCAUUAUUUGGAAAUGUCAAAAAGGAAAAGCACAGCUUUCCCAAAGCCAACRUAGGACUAAAUAUGUUCUCAUCUAAUCAGUCUUGUUUUCCUUCUGGCUCUGAAAAUCCACGGGAAAGGAAGGGUUUUUAUGAUUCUGGCAUCAUUGAUACCCUUUCCAAUCCAGUACUGAAUAAGGGUUUUAGUAAAAUGGAAGAUAAUGGCCAAAGGGAGGAUAGCAAUCUGCCCACCUUUAAAACUGCAAAAGAACAAUUAUGGGUAGAUCAACAAAAAAAGGGCCAUCAACUCCAGCGUGCAUCAGGGUCUUCCUAUGGUAGUGUUAAAAAGUCUCUGGGAGCUGGUAGAUCUCGAGGGAUAUUUGGAAAAUUUGUUCCUCCUAUACCUAAGCAAGAUGGGGGAGAACAUAAUGGAGGAAUGCAGUAUAAGCCUUAUGGGGCAGGAACUGCAGAACCAGCACAUCCUGUUGAUGAGCGUCUGAAGAACUUAGAGCCAAAGAUGAUUGAACUUAUUAUGAAUGAGAUCAUGGAUCAUGGGCCUCCAGUACAUUGGGAAGAUAUUGCAGGAGUGGAAUUUGCAAAAGCCACAAUAAAGGAAAUAGUUGUGUGGCCCAUGAUGAGGCCAGACAUCUUCACUGGGUUAMGGGGACCUCCGAAAGGAAUUCUGCUCUUUGGUCCUCCUGGGACUGGUAAAACUCUAAUUGGAAAGUGCAUUGCUAGUCAGUCUGGGGCAACAUUCUUUAGCAUUUCUGCUUCAUCCUUGACUUCUAAAUGGGUAGGUGAGGGGGAGAAAAUGGUACGGGCUUUGUUUGCUGUUGCAAGGUGUCAGCAACCAGCUGUGAUAUUUAUUGAUGAAAUUGAUUCCCUGUUAUCUCAACGAGGAGAUGGUGAACAUGAAUCUUCUAGAAGAAUAAAAACUGAGUUUUUAGUUCAGUUAGAUGGAGCAACGACAUCUUCUGAAGACCGCAUUCUAGUGGUGGGAGCAACAAAUCGGCCACAAGAGAUUGAUGAGGCUGCCCGGAGAAGAUUGGUGAAAAGGCUUUAUAUUCCUCUCCCAGAAGCUUCAGGCAGGAAGCAGAUAGUAAUUAAUCUAAUGUCCAAGGAGCAGUGUCACCUCAGUGAAGAAGAAAUUGAAUGGGUUGUCCAGCAGUCUGAUGGAUUCUCUGGAGCAGACAUGACACAGCUUUGUAGAGAGGCUUCUCUUGGCCCUAUUCGCAGUUUACAAACUGCUGACAUUGCUACCAUAACACCAGAUCAAGUUCGACCCAUAGCUUAUAUUGAUUUUGAAAAUGCUUUUAGAACUGUGCGACCUAGUGUGUCUCCAAAAGAUUUAGAGCUUUAUGAAAACUGGAACAAAACAUUUGGUUGUGGAAAGUAA